UCAAUCCCUGCCCGCCGUUCUGGAGCCGCAAAACUGAAGCCGCGCCGCAACCGCAUCCCGCCUCCAGCCAACGCCCACCGAACGCCCGGAGCGAGCCCACGACGCCAACACCGAGCGAUUGAUUUUGCGAUUUGUUUACUGGAAGCUCUCUGGACUCCCGGCGACCUUUCUGUUGCGCCGAUUCGCGAGCCCGACGGCACCAGCAACCAUGGCGCUUCUCACAUACCGGGCGCCGGUGAGCUACACGUCGCAGCAGACCGGCUUCGAGAACUUCUUGCAAGAGUUCAAGACCUCACCCGAGCAGGCCAUCACACAGGGUCUCGGUGAUAUCGCGAUCGGCGAUGACGACCUUAGCGAUGACUACGAUUUCAUGGACGAAGACGACGAGGCAGCUCAGCGCAGGCAGCAGGAGCGCGCGCGGCAAAAGGGCCCCCACUAUAAGUACAAAGAAAUGCUGCGCCAGUUAGCCGACAGGAAAAUCGACGAGGUGGUGAUAGACCUGGACGAUCUAGCUACGUACGAACAAAACGUGGAUGAGGGCCUCAAGCUGGUUCAGUCGGUCGAGACAAACACAAAACACUAUGUCGACAUCGUGUCGCGAGCAGUCGACAAGAUGAUGCCGGAACCUAGCGCCGACGUCAGCUUCAAGGACGAUGUUCUGGACGUCCUUAUGGCUCGGAGGCAAGAGCGGAACCGUGCGCUGGCCCAGGCGGCCGAGUCGCAGAACAACCAGUCUCUGUUGGAUGAUAAGUUCCCCGCAGAGCUGGUGCGCCGGUACACGCUCGUCUUCAAGCCGCGCACCUCGACGGCCGAGAACCCCGUCAAGGCGCUUGCGGUCCGCCAGGUGCGAGGCGACCACCUCGGCCACCUGAUCACCAUCAGCGGCAUCGUGACGCGCGUGUCGGACGUUAAGCCCAUUACCCAGGUCAGCGCGUACACGUGCGACCGCUGCGGCUGCGAGAUCUUCCAGCCCAUCAUCGACAAGCAGUACUCGCCCCUCACCACCUGCCCGUCCGAAGACUGCAAGGCCAACCAGUCCCAGGGCCAGCUGCACCCGUCCUCCCGGGCCUCCAAAUUUCUUCCCUUCCAGGAGGUCAAGGUUCAGGAGAUGGCAGAGCAGGUACCCAUCGGCCAGAUCCCCAGGACACUGACCAUCCUGUGCUACGGCUCACUGGUUCGGAAGGUCAACCCCGGUGACGUUGCCGAUAUUGCCGGCAUCUUCUUGCCCACUCCCUACACGGGCUUCAAGGCCAUGCGCGCGGGUCUGCUCACCGACACCUACCUUGAAGCGCAUCACAUCACACAGCACAAGAAGGCAUACGACGAGAUGGUCAUCGACACCAGGCUCGUGCGCAAGAUCGACCAGUUCAGGGUAUCGGGUCACAUCUACGAGUACCUGGCCAAGUCUAUCGCGCCCGAGAUCUUCGGCCACCUCGACGUGAAGAAGGCUCUGCUACUCCUGUUGGUCGGAGGUGUCACCAAGCAGAUGGGCGACGGCAUGAAGAUCCGUGGUGACAUCAACAUCUGCUUGAUGGGUGAUCCCGGUGUGGCCAAGUCCCAGCUGUUGAAGUACAUCUCAAAAGUCGCUCCUCGAGGUGUCUACACCUCUGGCCGGGGUAGCAGUGGUGUUGGUCUCACGGCCGCCGUCAUGCGCGAUCCCGUGACGGACGAGAUGGUCCUGGAGGGCGGCGCGCUGGUGCUGGCCGACAACGGCAUCUGCUGCAUCGACGAGUUCGACAAGAUGGACGAGAACGACCGCACGGCGAUCCACGAGGUCAUGGAGCAGCAGACCAUCAGCAUCAGCAAGGCCGGCAUCUCGACCAGCCUGAACGCGCGCACGUCGAUCCUAGCGGCGGCCAACCCGGUGUAUGGGCGCUACAACCCGCGCAUCUCGCCCGUGGAGAACAUCAACCUCCCCGCGGCGCUCCUGUCGCGCUUCGACAUCAUGUUCCUGCUGCUCGACACGCCGGCGCGCGACACGGACGCGCAGCUCGCCAAGCACGUGGCCUACGUGCACAUGCACAGCAGGCACCCGGACCUGGCGGCGGGCGGCGUCGACGGCGUCAUCUUCACGCCGCACGAGAUGCGCAGCUACGUAGCCGAGGCGCGCACCUACCGCCCCACGGUGCCCGAGUCGGUGUCCGAGUACCUCAUCAAGACGUACGCGCGCAUGCGCGAAGCCCAGCGCCGCGCCGAGAAGCAGGGCAAGCUGUUCACCCACACGACGCCCCGCACCCUGCUCGGCCUCGUGCGCCUGGCCCAGGCCCUCGCCCGCCUCCGCUUCGCCUCGUCGGUCAGCCAGGACGAUGUGGACGAGGCCCUGCGCCUCGUCGAGGCCUCAAAGGCCUCGCUCGACGCCGAACAGGGCAACUCCCGCGGCGGCCGCGGCCGCCUCAACGCCAGCUCCCGCAUCUACAAUCUCGUCAAGGCCCUCGCCGACACGGGCGCCUGCCGCGCCGACGACGCAGAGGACGAGGACGAGCUCGGCGUCGAGCUCAGCCUGCGCCGCGUCCGCGAGCGCGUCCUGGCAAAGGGCUUCACCGAGGACCAGUGGAACGCCGCGCUGGACGAGUACACCGAGCUGGACGUCUGGCAAACUGCCGGAAACGGCACGAGGCUGGUCUUUAUCACGUCCAACAACGACGAGCCAGACGAGGAGUACCCGUGAGGCUGUUGAGAGGUAUCGGGUGAGCAAUGUAGUGAAGGGGAAAAGGGUGUGUAGAUGGUGUUACAGCAUCAGUGUGCAGCGUGGCCUGGUCUUGGCGUGGCACUUUUUUAUGUUCUUGUUAAUCGGCUAUGCCUGGCUAGCUGAAUACCCCCC